AUGUACAAAGCCAUCGGUUGGACGUCCCUGCUGGCUCUGACCAGCGCGCUCCCUCAGCGGAAUAAUGGCGGUCGACAAGGCGGACAGCAGCGUGCCACGGCCCUGGAGCAAGCCGCUCAGAUACCCCAAGGCAUCUCGCAAGCACAAGAUGGCUCGACGAUCCUCGAUGACACCGUCAUGGUGAAUGACCUACCCAUCCGCUUCAAAAUCUCCGCACCAGCAGAUCAAUUCCUCACCACUUCAGGCGUCCCGGGGGCAGCAGCAACAUCCGCUAACGGGACUAUGGGCGCCAACGUCCUUCUCCACGGAGACGGUGGCCAAUCCUUCUUCGACUUUCCCAAUCAGAAUGUGCAGGCCAAUACCAUGGGUGUCGCCCUUCUCGCACCCGAUGAUAAUCUCUUCUGGGGCGGGGGAUCCGGCCUCGACCGCACCGAUGGCGUUGCGCACGCACAAGCUGUCAGCGACUUCAUCACCACUGAGAUGCCCAAAAUCGUAGCCAUGGAUGCAUCCGCCGUUGUAUUCACUGGUGUCUCAGGAGGUAGUCUGUUGAUGUCCGGUUUCUUCAUCCCAGCACAGAUGCAAAAUUUCCCAAACAGCGCCGUGGAGUUGAAUUGCGGUGCCAUGCCGCCACAGGUGCAGUUCCAAGACGCAGCAACGGUCAUGAGCCAGACGAGGAUCCACUACCAAUCUACAACAGGAGAACUCACAUUACUUCAAGAUGCCAUUCCACAGGCGAUUACUGCAUAUGAACAGCUUGCUGCGGAUGCGGGCCUGUCGACAGCCCAAAUUAACAACCUGCAAACUGUGGACAAUACACCUACCGGAGGCCACUGCGAAUUCGAUGGCCAAGAUUUUGUUUCGGGCGUACAGACCAUGCUGACGAGUUAUUCAAACGUUAUGCAGGGUGGCGACGGUACAGUAGAUGGGAUCGGUGCGCCGAGUAAUGGGCUGGUCACAACCGGCGUAGUCGGAAACGAGAAUUUGCAAUUUGUCGGAGCGAGGAAGAGGGCGGCAGAUGCGGUGAGCAUGUUGCAGAUAAGGUGGGCGCAAGUCGAAGUUGUGGAGGAGGAUGCGUACCAGUUGUUGGAGUGCGAUCGUUUUACGUGUGGUAAUGAGCCAGACAUCUAA